AUGGACGAAGAAUCCCUUAUUACCACAAUAAAAUUACUGCAGCAAGACAUCGGAGAAGCACUUGAAAAUCGAAAGGGAAAGGAGGCCGAAGGCAAAUCAAUCGAUGAGGAACUGGCAUUACGGAUACACCAAGAAGAUCUGGAAGCACUUCAGGCAUCUCUUCAGGAUAGUCGAAUUGCCCGGAGCAUCAGCAGAGCUGUCGAGGAGGAUGCACCUGCUAUCGCGGCAAUCUUACAGGAGGAAAACGCAGCUGUAAACGACCAGUGGAUAGCACUCAGUCUAGGAGGAGGUGGACAACAUGUGCCCAGACUCCAAGCUCCGGAAUUGCAGGAACUGAAGAGGAAAACACUGGAUAUGUCUUUUAAGAUAGAUGUAGCUGAUGGAAGCAGUGAAGGUGAAAGAAGCACUUCCCUAACAAAAGCCCAAGUCAAAGCAGGCGGUUCCAAAAACAACACGGAUGAAUUUUCACCGGAAACCCUUCGCUUGGAGUGUGUAAUCUGCCUGGAGACCAAAAUAUUCUUCGACAUAGCCGAAACCCCCUGCUUCCAUUACUACUGUCGAGCAUGCACAAGAAAAUUGUUUGAGAAAUCUUUUACCGACGUGACUUUGUUUCCCCCACGCUGCUGUCGUCAGCCAAUUGCCCUCUCACGAGUUGCAGCAUUCUUGGGUGAGGAAUUGGUAAAGCGCUUUCAGGAGAAGUCAGCGGAAUAUAACGAUACCGACAGAACGUACUGUUCUAAUCCGGCUUGUUCGCUAUACAUGUCCGCGGAAGCGAUUGAGCUCGACGUCGCUAUAUGCGGUUCGUGUGGCACAACUACUUGCGUUCAUUGCAAGAAGCCCGCACAUUCAGGGGAAUGCAAUGGCGAUAAGAUCGAGCAAGCCUUCACGGAGCUAGUUCAGGCCAAAGGUUGGAAAGAGUGUUAUAAAUGCCAUCGCGUAAUCGAACUCAGAGCGGGCUGCAACCACGUAACUUGCCAUUGCGGCGCCGAAUUUUGCCAUGCUUGUAAUAAAAUUUGGAAGACCUGUCGGUGCGUUCUAUGGGUUGAGAAUCGCCUUCUUGGAAGGGAUCACCAACCUGAAGCUUAUAGACGAAGGCCUGAUAAGAGAUCACGAGUCCUGAAGUGA